GACACAACAACACGUUCUCUCUCAUUUUCUUCUUCUCCGAUCAUCAAUCUAGGGUUUACUCUCACCGGCGACGAACAAUGAUCCACCUCCUCUACACAGUGAUCUUCGCCGAAAUGGCACUAAUCCUCCUUCUCCUCUUCAAAACACCUCUCCGAAAGCUAAUCAUCCUCACCUUCGAUGGAAUCAAACGUGGCCGUGGUCCCGUCGUCGUGAAAACCAUCGGAACCACCGUGUUCGUUGUUCUCUUGUCGAGUAUCUACAGUUUAGUCAAAAUCCAACGCCGAUCUGAAGAUGGUGCUGUUCUUAAUCCUACUGAUCAAGUUCUUGCUUCGAAGUAUCUUCUCGAAGCUUCUCUAAUGGGAUUUGUGUUGUUUCUCUCGCUUAUGAUUGAUCGACUACACCAUUACAUUAGAGAGCUUCGGUUGUUGAGGAAGACAAUGGAGACUGCGAAGAAACAGAACAGAGGUUUUGAGGAUGGAAAAAACACAAGUGGGGAGGAAGUGAAAGCGCUAGGGGAAGAAAUCGCGGGCUUAAAGGCGAAGAUAAAGACAUUAGAAUCGGAAAGUGAAAGCAAAGGCAAAGAACUAAAAGGGGCACAAGGUGAAACAGAAGCUCUGAGAAAGCAAGCUGAUGGGUUUCUUAUGGAGUAUGAUAGGUUGCUUGAGGAUAAUCAGAAUUUGAGGAACCAGUUGGAGUCUGUUGGCCACAGUCCUGAGGGAAAGAAGGGUAUGUAAAAUUGAGCAAAGAAAACUAAGGAUUCUGU